GCACAAGGGACCGAGUUAAUGGAUGACAAAAUCUAAGAUCAUCUUCGAUGUCUUCGUCGAGGAGAUGGCACAACAGAGGGUUAUGAGGCAAUUUGGUCUUCUGCAGUUGGAGCUACCUCCCCCUAUAGAGAACCCGGUGCCAGCACACAUCCACAGGACGACAAGGAAGGGCAUGAACAGGACAACUGCUGACUGGCUAGUUAGACUAGAGCCGUAUGUUAUAGAAUGGGAGACAGCAAACACAAAUCUAUGGCACGAGAAUCACAAUUUCGAUCUUGAUGAAUUCAAUCUCUAUUUGCGGUGCUACAUGACCGGAACACGGUUACGCAUUGUUGAGUACUCCCACCCAGAGGAGAUACCGGAUCCUACUCCGUCGGAUAUGUACCCGAGCUAUGAUACUUCGGGCUCUAGGCAGUACGCGGCUACCUUGACACGCGAACUCUACGACGACGUGACCACCUUUGGACGAUCACUAUCGUCUGGACCUCUUCUUCAUCAUCGUCCAGUGGUACAGCCCUUCUUGGAAAGAAUUCAGAAUAAGAUACAGACUGUGUACGAGGCUAUCACGUGCACCCGGAGAACCGAUGUUGUUCAGCACCAGCAGGAGCAGCCGCGUCACUCCAUGCACCGACAUCAACCACGUCCAC